AUGUGAGACAUUUCUACAAAACUUUCCCGUCGCUUUAUUGCAUUCUCUUUUGGAGGUUUGUGAAGAGGAGCCGGAGAGAGACGCGCCGGUGCUUGUCUGCGUUUUUUCCGCCUCAUCCACAGUCAUCCUAUUCAUCACCUGCUCUCCUGCCGCCGCCGCUGCUGCUGCCGCUGCUGCCGCUGCUGCCGCUCACAGAAAAGAACAAACAGACCCAAAGACACAUUCUCUGGACAUUCCGUUGAGUCCGGUCGUCAUGUCCUCCGGUGAUGCCUCGGAGCAGAGUCGGCGGGUCAGCGUGCUGUCUUGGGAUCAGGUGCGGCGCUUGGACUCCAUCCUGGGAGAGAGCGUCCCGAUCCACGGCCGCGGAAACUUCCCCACGCUGUCCGUGCAGCCCCGGCAGAUCGUCCAGGUGGUCAGGGCUCGACUGGAGGAGCGAGGCGUGGUGGUACGUGAUGUCAAGCUGAACGGCUCGGCAGCCAGCCACGUGCUGCACCAGGACAACGGCCUUGGCUACAAAGACCUGGACCUGAUCUUUGGCCUGAAUCGAACUGAUGACAAAACCUUCCGGCUGGUGAAAGACGUGGUGCUGGACUGCCUGGUGGACUUCUUGCCCGAGGGAGUGUGCAGGGAGCGAAUCACAGCCCUCGCCCUGAAGGAGGCGUAUGUGCAGAAACUGGUGAAAGUUUGCAAUGAGACGGACCGCUGGAGCCUCAUCUCGCUGUCCAACAACACCGGCAAGAACGUGGAACUAAAGUUUGUGGACUCCCUGAGAAGGCAGUUUGAGUUCAGCGUCGACUCCUUCCAGAUCACUCUGGACUCGUUGCUGCUGUUUGACCGCUGCUCGGAGACGGCCAUGUCCGAGACCUUCCACCCAACAGUGCAGGGGGAGAGCAUGUACGGAGACUUUGAGGAAGCUCUGGGUCACCUUUGCUCCAAGACUAUCGCCACCCGCAGCCCAGAAGAGAUCAGAGGCGGCGGGCUGCUGAAGUACUGCCACCUGCUGGUGCGCGGCUUCCGGCCGUCCUCCGAGGCUCAGAUGAAACAGAUGCAGCGCUACAUGUGCUCGCGCUUCUUCAUCGACUUCCCCGACAUAGGUGAGCAGCAGAGGAAACUGGAGGCGUAUCUGCAGAACCACUUUGCGGGCAUGGAGCACAAGCGCUACGAGUACCUGGUGACGCUGAGGCGAGUGGUGGACGAGAGCACGGUGUGUCUGAUGGGCCACGAGCGCCGGCAGACGCUGGCGCUUAUUUCCGCCCUGGCGCUGCGCGUAAUGGCCGAACAGAACGCUAUCCCAGCUCUGGCCAACAUCACCUGCUACUACCAGCCCGCUCCCUAUGUCAGAGACGUCAACUUCAGCAAUUACUACGUGGCACAAGUUCAGUCACCCAUCGCCACGUGCAGUAACUCUUAUCAAACGUGGCUGCCUUGCAGCUGAGCAAUGUCUUAGGAUGUCUGGAGAGCUUUCCGUUUUAACUUUACGUUGAUGUAAGCUGAGCAUUUAUUAGCGUGCUCGGUACCUCUGUAGCAAUGUGGCUUUUUGUUUUUAAGGCCC